UGAGGUUUUUAAAUCCACCGCACUCUCACCGCCCCACUUUGCAGUGUGGUGCUGUGAUGUUUGUGGUUGCAGAAAGAGUGAACUAUACCAAGGGCAACAUUUAAUAGACUCCUCGUCCUCUUUGGACUUUAUUCUGGCGACUGAGAUGGCAAAAGGGAAGAAAAAUGUGCUAAGAACAGACAUAAAGCAUGAGGACACUGUUGAAGGUAUGGUCACUUCACGGAAGGAGACAAAGGAAAACAAACCAGCAGCUAACAAGGAGUGCGUAGGUAAAGUGCAGUCAAUUGUCCAGAGUCUACGGAGUCCAAGCAAACCUCGGUCCCCUCUGAGUGACAGUUCAAGCACGCUGAUCCAGGAAGGAAAUGAAUCUGAUGCAGCUAACCCUGACCUGUUGAAGCUGAAAAAAGACAUACCUAAUGAAGUUAAAUCUGAGAGUUGUGAGUCCAAAGAGCAGAAGCCUGAAAUGGCUUGUCAAAGUCAUGGGAUUAGAGAGCAAUUCACUGACCAGCCUGAUCAAAAAGAGUCCACCACGCACACCGAUGCUAGGUUGCAAGCAGGCAAAAAAGUUACAGCAUCCAAACCUCGGAGUCGAACUGGUCCCAAACUCGGAGCAAAAAAGAUUGAGAAUAAAGCUCCCCAAAAUAGAAAGGUCACAGACUAUUAUCCGAUCAGACGGAGUAACAGAAAAACUAAGGCAGAGUUAAAGAAUGAAGAACACAGUCACACUGAUGACCUGAUAAAGAAUGGCAUUGAGGAAGGAAUGCAGGUCAAACACAUAGAAGGAAAAGGAAGAGGGGUGUUUGCUGUCAAGAGCUUCAAAAAAGGAGAGUUUGUUGUGGAGUACCACGGAGACCUACUGGAACUACCUGAGGCUAAAAUAAGAGAGGCCCAGUAUGCUCAGGAUCCCCAAACAGGCUGUUACAUGUACUACUUUCAGUAUCAAUCUAAAACAUACUGUGUAGAUGCUACAAAGGAAACAAGUCGUCUAGGAAGACUGAUAAACCACAGUAAAACUGGAAACUGCCAGACUAAGCUUCACGCCAUAGAUGGAACCCCCCAUCUGAUCUUGGUAGCUUCCAGAGACAUCAAAGCAGAGGAGGAGCUGCUGUAUGACUACGGUGAUCGGAGUAAAGCCUCAAUCUUGGCUCACCCUUGGCUCAAAUACUGAAACUUUGACCACAAGUGUUUGUAUUUCAGAUGAAUUGGUCCUCUCUGCUAUCCUGUUCAUCUUUAUGUAAAAGAUGCUAUAGAUGAGCAGUCCUCCACACACUUUUUUUUAUGAAAUAUAAAAAUAGUUUUUGUUUCAAAUGAAGGCUAAAACUUCAACUCGUGAAAAGUAUAUUUUUGGAACAGUUGUUUUUAUCAUGCUUUUAUAUUUUUCUAAUCUAACUGUAGCAGAGAUUUAAGCUUGAUGAGUAUUUCUCCUGGAUAAAUAGUGUUUCACAUUCUCCAUGGGGUUUCCUAUUGUAAUGAAUAUAAAACUGACUAUUUGAUUUGCCAAUUGUAAAUUAUUACCUGUGCUGUAAAUUGAGGAAUAAAACAGUUGAGUUGUCAUUUCA